ACCUCUGGCAUCCCCAGUAUGAUUGUGUCCUGUCAGAGCUGGCACAUCUGCUCCCUAUGCUCUGGCUUUGGGAAGUGAAGUGCUACAGAGUCCCUUGGCACUGAGGGCCUCGACACCCCAGGGCUUAUAGACAAGGCAGAGGCUUCACAGAAUGAGUUCACCCGCCCCUUUCUAACAACUCAUUUCUAUUUCUCUGUGCCUCAGUUUCCUUUCAGGGAAAGUACGCAGUUUAUUUCGUCAGAGAUGGUCAGGUCAGAGAGUGUGGCUGAUGUUUUUGACUCCUCUAGCCAUCGCACAAGGAGGGCUUUCCUUCCUGCUGCGCUGGAGUGAGCGGACUUAAGGACAGAUUUUGUGCGUCCUGUGGCCCACAGGUCAGGAACACACUCCUGGAUGUUUCCAUGGCAACCCCGCGGGCUCCUCAGCAUCCUGUCGCUCCCUGUCCUCUUCCCAUCCUCCACUCCCAGACCUGCUUCAGACCACCCUAAGAUGGGAGGAGGCGGGGCCAGGCAGAGGGGACGCACAGUCAAGGGAUCCGUGAUGAGCUGCAGUCGCCCCUGUGUCUGUAGUCAUGGCACCAGUGUGGAGGAAAGUACAUGGUAUGGGUUUGACUUCUAUCCUAAUCUCUUCUACAAUGACUGGCUGGGCACCACCACUCUCCCCUAUAACCCAGAGAGAAUCCCCAUUCGGUAUAUCAACCGACCCUGGCCCUCACUGUGUUGGAAGGUCACCGUGGCCGUGGCCUCUCUGUUUCUCCUGCUGGGUGUGGCAGCCUUGACCACUGGCUAUGCAGUGCCCCCCAAACUAGAGCUUGUUAAUGAAAGUAAGUUCUCAUCGAUGGAGGAUCCAGUAGCCGACUACAACCAAGCCCUCAUGACCUGCCGUGUGGUAGGAGCGACGCUGUGCGGAGUAGCGGGGAUCAUGCUGGCUGUCUGCCUCUUCUUGAUCGCCUCUGGUUGGAUGUUCCAGGACAUCAAGGCAGAGCCCCUCGUCACUGAAACUGACAGCCCCGUGGAAGUAUUCAGGGAUGAGCCUGAGAAGCUGUCCCCGGCCUUCCAUGAGACCAGUAGUCAGUCGCCGUUCUUGACCCCGCCCAGCCCUUUUGGGCAGCAGUCUGUGCAGACCAGCCAGCCCCAGCGGGACUUGUAAGUCUGCAGGCUGGAGAAGUCAGACCCUUCCCGCCUGGCACUCCUUGCUUUCAUCACCUUGACUUCUUCCUCUCAGUAGUGCCAAUCUCUCUAGGACCCUUAUAGCUCCCCACUCCCCCCAAAUCAAGUCCCAUGCUCCAAUCUCACCCCUGUCCAGGAUAGGAGCAAACUCAACCAAGAACUGCUCAUUCAGACUCGUGAAACGACCCAGAGAGGGCUCAGAAACGGCCCAGGAAGGCCCAGGGCCUUCCUGGCGUGAUUGACGAUCUGAGUUUUAUCUCUCACACCUACAAGGUGGAAGAGGAGAACUGGCUCCCCACAGUUGUCCCCUGACCCUCACCCCUAACCCCCAAUCACAAAGAAAGGUAAUAAAAAUAUAAAUUCCAAGGAUUAGGAAAAGUGGAAUGUUUUUGCCCCUCAAAGUCCACCCCCUAGACAGCAAUGCCCUCUGGACUUGAUCCUGAGCCUAAUAAACCUGUGUGCACUCCUUUAGGUCCCAGCACUUUCUUCCUAUGGGUGGUCCAGACAAAAGUAUGUCCUCCUGUAGGACGCUAGAGGGCGCUCUAGGACAGCGUCGGAUCCUGUCUCUGGCAACCCCUUGCAAGCCCACGGGGCUUCCUGGGUGGGAGGAAGAGGGUUCAGGCACUUCCCACCACCUUUGUGCCCCCUCUGGUUGUACUUUCCAGGUCCCUGCUUCUCACCUCCUCCAUCUUGCUUCGCCUUUCAAUAAACAGUUGAUGCAUACCA